UCUCCUUUUUUAUUGUGUAUAUUUAUUGAAUUUUGUUGAAUACAAAAGAAACUGAGACGUACAAAAUAUGUUGAAAAUUACUGGUUAUGAUGCGCAUGAUGAUGGACCAGGUUUCGUUGGUAUUAGAUUUUGUCAAGAAUGUAACAACAUGUUAUAUCCAAAAGAAGAUAAGGAGAAUAAAGUACUAAUGUAUGCAUGCAGAAAUUGUGAUUUCAAGCAACUAGCUGAUAGCAAUUGUAUUUAUGUAAAUAAAAUUAUGCACGAAAUAGAUGAAUUGACACAUAUUGUUGCGGAUGUCAUAUCAGAUCCUACUUUACCAAGAACCGAAGAACACCCAUGUCCAAAGUGUAAUCACAGAGAAGCAGUAUUUUUUCAAGCACAAACUAGACGAGCAGAAGAAGAAAUGAGAUUAUAUUAUGUUUGUACUAAUCAGCAUUGUUCUCAUAGGUGGACAGAAUAAUGUUUUAGAAGCAGUUUGAAAAUCUAUAAAAAAGAUAAUAAAAGUAAUAACAAAAGGAAAAAUAUGA